GCCACUUCAGCACCUCGUCCCCAGCGGAGCCCGGACCAAACUCCUCCCUAGCUCCUCCGCCGGCGCGAUCUCCUCCACCUCCCCUCGCGUCUUGGGUCGAGGCCCGGGCUUGAAAAAUCUCGAUUGCCCUUCCUGCUCCCCCUAAACAUCGCUUCACGCAGGAUUCGACACUGAUGAGGCUCCUCAUGUCCAGGAAGCGGCACAGGCUGCGCUGCCGCCGGCGAAUCCGAGACCGUGGACCGGUUGCUUUGGUGGCUAAAAGAAAGAGUCUGCGCUGCCAGCAAGAUGAUAACUAUCAUGUGGACAGAGGAAUAUCUUGUCCCGAUCUUCCAGAGGAUAUCUUGCGGCAUAUUCAUGCCAAAAUGACACUUAGAGAUGCUGCUCGUGCUGCUUGCGCAUCGCACACAUUCCGACGCAACUGGAUAUUCCGUCCCAACCUUACAUUCAGUCUGGGAACACUUGGCUUGAAUAGAAAUGCGUCUAGGGAUGUAAUAACAAGAGAUCUUAUCAGCAAGAUUGACCUGAUUAUGCAAAAUCGCUCAGGCAUCGGCGUGAAGACACUAGACAUUGAUCUCUAUAGUUGUGACAACAUCGACUUCACCUAUCUUGAUAGUUGGCUUCGUAUUGCUGUUACUCCAGGGAUUGAAGAACUGAUCCUGACGCUGCCUCUACCCACCAUUGUUUUUGAGAAUGCUGUACCCAUCAUUUCAGUGUAUAACUUCCCAUGUUCACUAUUAUCUAACGGGAGCGGAAACUCAAUUCAAUAUCUCGACCUGUGUUACUGUACCUUGCGUCCCACAGCUGGUCUUGGUUGCCUAAGAAGCCUGACAAGACUGCGCCUGUGUUGCACGCGGAUUACUGGGGAUGAAUUAUGGUGUCUCCUUUCCAAUUCUCCCGCUUUGGUGUGCUUGAUACUCCAGUACUGCAAGGAGAUAAUUUCCUUGAAGAUACCUUCUCUGCUGCAGCGUCUCCGUUUUCUGGAGGUGGCUGAUUGUGAUAGGCUGCAGGUGGUAGAGAGCAAUGCUCCAAAUCUCACCACUUUUUACUUCGAAGGUUUCAUAGGUCAAAUCUCACUUGGGGGCUCACUGCAAGUGAAAACCCUACGCAUGAUAUGCUUCCGCCAGACCAACAUUGUCUGUUAUGCUCGGCACAAUCUUUUGUCUAUUGCCCCAAAUGUUGAAACACUUACCAUAUCAUCACCGAAUGAGAUGGUGAACACACCGAUGCUAUCUAGCAAGUUUCUCCACCUCAAGCUCUUGCAGAUUUCAUUAGUGGGAAUGGCUCUUUCCGGAGCUUAUGAUUAUCUUUCUCUGGUUUCUUUUCUCGAUGCUUCUCCUUGCUUGGAGAAUUUUGUAUUAGCUAUAUCCCAGCAUCGCAUGGGGCAUGCUUCGAUUCUUGGAGAGCCCUCACAUGAUCUGAGGCAGAUCCCGCAGCAGCGCCAUGACAAGCUCAAGAGUGUGACGAUCACUGGCUUUUGCUCGGCAAAGAGCUUGGUUGAGCUAACAUGUCAUAUCCUCGAGAAUACAACAUCACUCGACUGCCUUACGCUGGACACCACAUGUCAUCCUAGUUGCGCUGUCACAAAAUUUGACAAGUGUCACCCCCUCAUGGAUGGGGAUAGCCUGGUGGAGGCACAGAAAGCGCUCUUGGCCAUCAGAAGAUACGUUCUGGGGAAAGUCCCCUCUAUGGUCAAGUUAAAUAUCCUGGAGCCUUGCAGCCGAUGCCAUGCCGUUGAAUCUUUGGUGUCAACUGCCAAGUUGUCUUAGCUGUGCAAUGUCUGUUAUCUGAGUUAUGCAUAUGUUAAUGUUACUUUAGUAAGACAACUGCACAUUAUUCAGGUUCUCUGAUGCUCAAUUUUACCCGUCAUCCAGUGCAUGCUUCCAACAUUUGGCGAUUGAUGCACGCUGCCCCUUGAAGAAGGUGCUGUUUCGCCAUGGAAGUCUACAGGCUGUGGCUGUUCUUUGCAGGUGGUUCGGCAUUUGUGGCUGCCGAAUCCUCCUUUUUAUUUAGUGAAUGAAGAGCCCCGUUGAUUGAGCCAUGAAUGAAAGGCCCCGUUGAUUUAAUCGAUUCUUUUUUCAAGAACAUGAUUGAAUCGAUUCUCAGAAAGAGGUUUACAUGAAUCUGAGGAUGAUUUUUCUUCAGUUUUACUUGUAGCGUUUUUAUGUGUUUGCGGAUCUCGUCUGGUGCAUCAAAAUCGGACUAUUUAUAUCUGAA